CAAUCACCCUCUCAACGCUCAGAACCAAACAUAGGAGACACCAUGGGAGGGGGGAUUGAGAAGAAGAUAGAACAGGAACAGCCAUGGAAGAGGAGCAUCAAGGCUCAGCAACAGCACAAAGACACAUGGCAGAUAGGGGUGUACCUGGAGAGAACACAGAGGGGAGAUCUGCCACUAAUUGCUGGACUCUACAGGAAGAACGUCCAAGAAAGGAUCCACACUGGACUCUACAGGAAGAACGUCCAAGAAAGGAUCCACAGAUGGAAAGCAAGCAGAUAACAUUCAAAGAGGAGCAAUUUCUCUCAAUGUCACAAGAAGAAUUGAUCCUAAAUGAUACAUUUUCAUUCACUGCGCUUCUACAAUUUGACAUUAUAUACAAGGUAAAAGAGACCUACUACUCUGUACUAUACACAAACGACACUGUUCAUACAAUGAACAAAUAUUAAAACUUUUGAAAUGAUACUUGCGGGUUCAUUCAGGGAAUUCGCCUGUGAACACAUUGUCGGAGUAAUUGGACAUGGAUAUCCCGAAGACGGCGAGACAAGAAUUCAAGACAUCGGGGCUAGCAAAGCCCCUCAGUUUAACUAUCUAGCCGGCGGCCGGCUGCUGGCUGCCGACUGCUCCACCAGGCCGACUGCUGGCUGCCGACUCCUCCACCAGGCCGGCUGCCCGAAAUCAACUGCAGCCUGACGCAACACCGACAUGACGCCGUACCCGGCACUGUUCAUGUAUCACCCCAGCCAUCAUGUACAGUGUCACUUGUCCCCUGACACUAUUUAUGAAGUGACCCAGGGGACAAGCAUGACACUCCACCAUGACUUGCCCAUGCCACCACAUAGCUUACUCUCUAAGCUAGCCAUGCCUAUAUAUAUGGGCACACAUCCAUCCAUCCAAGAUGGACUCUCACGCACACACCCACAAGCAAGUUAGCUAGCAAGAGAGCUAGCUAGCCAUCCAUCCAUCCACUCCCAUGGGCAAGUAUGCCCAAGCACACCCAUAUGGCCGGAGGCAACGGCCACCAUGCCACAUACAUAUGCAAAGCCAGAUGCCUAUGGCACUGAGCUUAGAUACAACUCCAGGAGCACUCUGUACCAAAUAUACCAGAUAUACUCAGACAUGCAGGAGUAAGGGUAUUAUCUCUCCGGAGAGUCCCGAACCUGGGCAAACUACCGCAUGCUAUUCGCAUACCCGCUCCCGGGCCUAUCAGCAGCAGUCUUGCCCUCACACGAAGCCACCUUGUGACAUAUGUCGUCUUGCACCCCCCGUGAGA